UUUGGAUGAUCAAAACAAGCACCAGGCAAUGAGGAAGAACAAAGGGAAAGGACAGAAGACCAAGAAUGUAUUUCAUAUUGCCAGCAAGAAUUUGAAGGUUAAAAAUAAAGCAAAUUCAGUAACCACAAAUCUUAAGAAGAUUAACAUUAUGAAUGAAGAAAAAUGUAGAACUGCAAAUAAGACAUUGAUAGAUAUCGAAAAAGAGCUUGCACACUUCUCAAAAAUGCUUUCACUUGAACCACUGACAGAUCACCUGAUUUCUCAGUGCUCUGAAUGUGAAACAAUUACUGUGGAGGAUGCUACAAGAUUAAUGGCUCAGUUGUAAUAUAUAUUGGAAGUAUUUGGAUUCUAAAAAAUGGACCAACAAAAAAAA